AUGGCCAGCGAGGCUCUUGAUUUGGCGAAUCCGCCGGCAGGAGAGACUGCAGACCAGGAUGCCGGUUUGCUCCUCCUUCCAUCGACACAGUACGUGCCACCUCCUGUGCCCACGAAUACAGCCCGGGGACCCGACAAGGCGGCGACUGCUGCGAGUGCCCGGUCGUCUGAGCUGCCUUCUGUUGUCCCCAGCCCGGUCACAGACCUGGGACCUGCCCCGGAGUUCCGCUUUACGUUCCCGGACAGGCUGAAGGGCUGGGACAAGUCUGUUGCCGCGUGGCUCCAGGAGAACAACAAGUACUUCUCCGGCGUGGCGGCGUCGGCCGUCGUCUUCAAAGGGGACCGGGUGCUGGUGCUGCAGCGGGCGCCGCACGACAGCAUGCCCCUCCAGUGGGAGCCGCCCGGGGGUGGCGUGGACCCCGAGGAGACGGUACUGGUCGGGUGUGCGAGGGAGCUGUGGGAGGAGGCGGGCUUGGUGGCCUCGCGGGUGGUGAGGGUGGUGCCGCCGCCGGAUGGUGACGAGGUCGAGAGCGCGGAGAGGGAGGACAGGGAUCUCGGGAUUCCGUUCUCGAGUAGGACGGGGGACAAGUUCUAUUACAAGUUCACGUUCGAGGUGGAGGUGGAGGAUGUUGGGGCCGUGAGGAACGAUCCGAACGAGCAUGUGAGCUGGAUGUGGUUGACGGAGGAGGAGGUUGAGAACUGUCGAACUUCAAACGGCAGCGCUGUCUCUUUCACAAUGAGCACGGUGAGGAAACAGUUGCUGGGGGCUUUUGCUUUGAGGAAGGCAGAUUAG